AUGUCUGCCUUCUUCUACAAUCACCAACAUCAACAGCCUCACCAUGGAUCUCACAUGCAUGCAUCAAAUAACCAUCAUGGACGCUCUCGCCGCGCUCCCAAGAUGGCUUCGCAGAAUACCCAGCGUCAGUUCCGAGGUGUCAAGAGCAUGCGGGAAUUGGCCGAAGCUCCCGCUGUGACGGCCUUCCGUGCGAGGUUCGAGGCUGGCCGGUCCUUUGAUUUGGAUGAUGACCUCGAGUUUUGCCCGGGUCUCCUGACUGAGGAUGAUCUGCACUCCAUCCACUCUGCCUCCGACCGUUCCUCUCUUUCCAGCGGCUCGCCGGACACCUCGCCUCUGCAGCACCAGAUCCAACCGGUGCAGCAGGUGACGCCGUCCAUCUCUUUGUCUCCUGCUCAGACCAACGCUUACGUCCACCCUGGUGUUGCCGGCAACCCUAAUCAUGUCAACUACCAGCAGCCUGCCAACCGGACUCGCAAAGUCAUCCCGAUUAUUAACCCCAACACCGGGAUGACCUUGUCGAGCCCUCCGUCGUCGAUCUCACCCGCGAUGAUGCAGAAUGCUCAGCGUCGAUGGUAA